AGUAACCUCCUCCAGCCCUGUCGCUGCUGCUGCUGCAGCAUCCCGCUAGCGCCCGCCUGCCCGCCGCUCGACCGCCCGCCUGCUAACUCACCGCUCCACCGCGCUCUGCAUAGCCGUGUCGGGGCCCCCGGACCGCGGCGGUCGGGUGACGGCGUGUGCUCCGCGGUGUGGAUGGAGGAGGAGGAGGCGCUAGAUGCACCGGCCGUGCACACUCUUCAGCAGCCCGCGAUGUUUUCAUCCAUCAUCAUCAUGCCCAACUAGCUAACGAGCACAGCGGCGGAGCUAACUCACUCACCCACCCGCUCGGUUGAUGAUUGACGAGAGUGGGCUCGGGUGGCCAUGGACACCUUCACCCAGCUAAUCCUGCUCAUCGCUGUGGUGAGUUUCUUCUUCUUCCAGUGGCUCUUUCACACUGUGAGUCCCUGGGUGUCGUCCAGGAUCAGCCCUGGCUUUCUGAAACUCGGCCACAAACAGCAGAUUGAGUGGAACUCCAGAACGGUGUCCACACUCCAUGCGAUACUGGUCGGACUCUUCUGCCUCUACAUCCUUUUCUUCGAUGAGGCUGUCAAUCAGGACCCUGUGUGGGGAGAUCCUACACUGGUGAAGAUAAACGUGGGAAUAACAACAGGCUACCUCAUAUCUGAUCUGCUGCUCAUAUUUUACUAUUGGAGGGCGAUAGGGGACAAGUUUUUUGUAAUUCAUCACCUGGCAGCAUUGUAUGCUUACUACUAUGUACUGGGCCAAGGAAUGUUGCCUUAUUUUGCUAACUUCCGCCUACUUGCAGAAUUUUCCACCCCAUGUGUAAACCAGCGCUGGUUCUUUGAAGUGUUAGGUUACCCUAGAACCUCCAGGCCCAACCUUGCCAACGGGGUCCUGAUGGCGGCCGUGUUUUUCAUGGUGCGGAUCGCCGUCAUGCCUGUUUACUAUAGCCGUAUGUACUCUGUCAUUGGCACGGAGGCCUUCUACCGGGUCCCCUUCGGCGGCCGCAGUGCCUGGAUCUUCUCCAGCAUCUGCUUGGACAUUAUGAACGUCAUGUGGAUGCACAAGAUCGCUCGCGGCUGCUACAAGGUCUUGCAGUCCAGCCGACAGCUCAAAGCCCAGACUCAGGAGAACGGAAAAACUGACUAAGCAUGACGAAACAUUUGCUCUCUGCAGCGGGGGGAAUUCUAGGAAGUCUCUUUCCUUCUCAGUGCACUCUGAUGUUUCUUUUUUAUGAUUAUUUAUUUCUUUUUUCUUUUUUUUUUUAUCCCUGCUGACAGUUUGUGAGUCAGUCAGCCAGCAGAAGCGUGCUGCUGCCACCGGACAUUUGGACUAUUUCUCUUCUUAUCUGUCUCUCUAUCUAUGUCUCUGUCUCUAUCCUUUGGAGGCCAAGCAGGGAAAUGAAGCUGGACAUCAUGUGACCGCACAGGAGAAUGAAUGACCCCAGAGCAAUACUUACUUAUAUAGUAAAUGGCCAACAUUUUUUUUUAAGCAGGUUUCUCUCUGUAGCAGGAGCACUGAUGUCACAUUGAGCUGAGCACUGCUGGUAAAGACAGAGAGGUCGGGACCCAGUGCUGUUGGAGCUGCACAGCAGCUGAAGCAUUGGGACUUUUAUUUUGAUUUUAUUGAUUUAUUCUAUAUUUUUAUUUUUUGGAAAGCCUGAGGCUUUGAUCUAAACUUUGUUUAGUCCUUGGUAAAAACAAACUAUAGACUCUCUGGGACAAAAAGAACACAAAAACGACAUGUGCCACAUGCUUCUGAUUUAUUCCUCAAAAUCACUGCCCCCACCUUGGUUAAAUCUCCGUCCACUGACUGAGAGAGACUCUUUCCUCUCACCUGCACUGCACUACAGCGGGACUCGUUCAGAUCACAGGCCGGGCCUGAACACCACCCCAGACGCCGUGUACGUGCCGAAAGAGGUUAAGGACAAUUAACUGUGAACCUGCACGCACAUUUUAAAUUUACACAGAGUAUUUUAUACGUGAGAUUGUAGUUGAUCAAGAAGAGAAGUGCACUUUGCUGGUGUGCUGGAGGACACACUGAAGAUUUAUUGCAGCCAACGAAAAACCACGUCAAAAAAAGGGACAUUUCUGCAAUGUUUGUUGAGUAGCCAAGAUGUUUUCACCUCAGAUUUGAUUUGUACGUGUUAAUUGUAAUUGGAAGGGAAUCGGACAUGUUCUCACUCCACUCUGCCAUGAUUACAAGACAGGUCUUGGUUUUUAGAGUGGGAUUAGGAAGCAGUUUACACAAACCCACACAGUCUCACACACACACACACACACACACACACACACAAACAUGCACAUACAAACUCACAUUUGCAAGUCUUUCCACAACACAGCUUCAUCUGUGUCCUCUUUGUACAGUCGAUAAGUGCAUGCUGCAGUGUGGUUCUCUGAAUGUUUGCAUUGUAGAUAGAAAUGUUAUUGGACAUGCUCAAAAUACUCAUUUGAAUUAAUUUUAUGUACAGUGUAUCGAGUCAAUAUAGAACAUAAAUGCUUUUGGAAAAGGGGGUUAAAACAGGAUGUCCAGGGUGUUUCGCUUAGGGAUAGGUACAUUUGUCCUGUACCCACACACAGACACACACGCACACACACACACAGAAAAAAAGCAGGGACUGGGAACUUUUUCCUGCAUCAUACCGUAUUUAUUUGAACCAGUCCAGUCCAGUACUGGGUCAGCAUGUACCUGCAUAUUUAUUCUUUUGAACUGAAAUGUAUGAAAUGUACGGAUAAACAGUGCUUGUUUAUCUACAUAGACGUAUACAGAUAUACAGAAGCAAGAAGGACAUAUAUUACAAUCAGUUUAAACUGCAUCAUGUGUCACUUUGUAAGACAUUUUAGAAUAGAAUGUUUGUACUAUGCGCACUCUUGCAUUUAAAGGCAACUCGCCUUCACUGAUAACUGAAGUAGAGGAUGCUACACGUUGUUGUCGGUUUCGUUAUUGGGAAAGAGUAUUUAUUAUGUGUGGAUGUAUGAGUAGGACCAUGUGAGAUUUCCGGGAAUUGUUUGCUCUUUUAAAAAAAUUGCCAGAAUUUCUAUUUUUAAACAAAUGUACUACUUGAAUCCUUGCUAUACCUUGUUGCGAAAGGCAGGCACAGAAAUUUGAAUUCUUUUAAUUACGGUACGUGCAAGAUGAUUCCAGCCGUAAUGUUUUGCCUUCACGUGUUGUGCAGAAUUUUGUUCCAGAUGCCUUUUCUAGAAAUGUUUCUUUAAGAUUUUUACCACUUUCCAUCCGUGUAAGAUUAUCAUGUCUGUUUGAAUGCAUUAUGUUUGCAUGUCUUUGUUCCUUGCUUUUGUAACUGACUUGCCAUAGGCCGAACGUUGACCCUGAAAGAUUGCCUUUUUAUUUUUGUUUGUUUUGUUUGUGGUUUUGUUGAAAACUGCAUAUUACACCAGCAUAAGGCAAGUCUUAACUUUGAUUUUAAAGCCUCACCAAAUUACCACAGGUUGGUCUUUUCCUUCUGAUUAGAAACACAACAUGUUGGUAGCAUUAUAGAACGGACAUCUAAUUAUGUUCUUUUCACUUUAAUUUCUUCAUGUUCAUUUAUAAUGAGCUUAGCAAGAGUUGAGUUGUUUUAAAGUUCAAUUGAAGUCCAUGGCCAAAUUUCACGAUCCACUAUAAUUGCUUAAGCUGUGUUCCAAAAGUCUAGGCUGCAGGCGAGAUGUGACGACUCUCUCAGUUGCCUAUUGGUCACACGUAUGGAAUAGUCUAACAAGGCUUUGUGGUGACAUCACCAGAAAAAACUCUGGAACUUAUUGUUUUCUGCCCUUUUUGAUCAAUGUUCAUGUAGCUAUUUUUUCCCUUGCAUUGUAUAUGCACAUGUAAUUGCAGGUAACCGAGGGACAGGGAAAGGAUUCAUCAGUUGCAUCCUUAAAAUUGCAACAAACGUUGGCUGCAUUUUCUUUAAACAAAAGGCUUCUUUAAAAGAAGGCUCCUUCAAUUUGUAACAGUGUUCUAUGCUGUAGCAGCCGAGAAAUGUAGCCCAAGCUUUGGAACAAAGCUAUAGUGUACACACAAUGGAUUUUAUCAGUAUGAUGAUAAUCCAUCACAUUGUUUGGUUUGGCCGAGCAGUGAGCUCACACGUGCAGCAAGGUGUCUAAAAUCAUUCACUACCAUGUUAAAUUCUAUUUUCUAUAAUAGUGCUGCUUUAUAUCGUGAUCUGUAUUUUCAUGUGUAGGGAUUAUGGUGGAUAUGGAACAGUUUCAGACACAGCUCUCUUCUUGAGGUGACUUUACGUGAGUGAGUCUUUAAUUACUCUGAGAGUUACCCACAUCCCUAAGUCAUUUAAAAAUGGUAGAAAUGGAUUGUAACUUUAUUUUCAUGCUCUGGAAAUAUUACUGGUAAAUUCUGGACAUUUAUAUACUUCUGGAUGCUUGAAAGGAAGUGCAAGAACUCAAUGGAAAAACACCUUUAAGCAUGUUUAUCUGUGUAGACCUGGCUAAUGAUGCUGUUCUGCAGUCCUAUAGAGUGAAUGGCCUCACCAUGUCAGGUGUCGGGUGUGUCCGGCUACCUCUGGAUCACAUUUCUCUCAUGUUCACUCCUCUUCUCUUCAUAUUUCACAAAAGAAGUUUUCAAAUAUUAACCAAAGCAUGUAGAUGGGGUUUAAUGUUCACACACUCACAGAUCAGGAAUUUAUGAAGAAGGACCAGGAAUUUUAUUUAUGAGCGUCAAAUGUAUUUAUUUUUUAAAUCUUCACAUCUGUCUUAAUUUUUUCUGUCAUGAUGCCAUCUGCCUCAAUAAAGCAAUACAUUCAUAUUGA